AUGGGUCAGGGCCUUGAUCCCCUAGAGGAUGUUCCUCGCACCCCAGCCCCACGCCUGAGCGAAACACAUAAGCCAGGAAUCCCGUUACCAGUCAAAUAUGGAACGGGAACCGAGGGCACGAAUGGUCGGCUCAUGCAGAGCCCAGGGCUGGCAGAGUGGUACAUAUGGAACGGGAACCGAGGGCACGAACGGUCGGCUCAUGCAGAGCCCAGGGCUGGCAGAGUGGUACAUAUGGAACGGGAACCGAGGGCACGAACGGUCGGCUCAUGCAGAGCUCGGGGCUGGCAGAGUGGUACAUACCGAACCCGUCCUCACAUCAAGACUCUGCUCACACUACCAUCAGGUUGGAGUCAGGUGAGCCGCGAGCAAGGAGGAUCCAAUGAGCACUACAGCAUGCCCUAUCCUGCAUCUUAG